AUGAUUUCGCGAUUGGACAACAAUAAUCAAAAAAGCUUCAUUGAGGCGUGCUUCGAUACUGGGUCCACAACAAAAUGUCUCAUCAAGCGAUUGCUUAACCAUCCUGCUGUUACAGAAGUGCCAAUUUUGAAGCUGCUAUCGGCCAGAAUGAUUGUUAACUCAAUGAUUUCCGUUUCUAAUGAGGAUGGCGGUACGAAUGAACCGACAGGGUUUGUCAGUCUAUUAAAGGACUAUCUCAAUCGUUACGAGGACGAAACUGUUAUUAUGGAAGUUCAUUUUCCACAUGACGAUGUGGUCAAGUCUAAGUCAUGGAAGGAUUUUCGAUCAAACUUUACUCUUACCUCCAAAUACCUUGAAGACGUCAAAAAUGGAUUCUAUCCGUUAUUCGGAUGCCACUGGGAUGCUUAUCAAGGAGAAGAGGAAGAUAGUACAUUUCCCAAUUAUUCAGGAGUCUCAGGGUUCCCUCCUAGUAACGGCCUUACAAGUAAUCUGUCAAAUGCAAGUGGUACUGUCAAGAACGAUCCAUCUGCUUCUGUUGGAAAUUCUUCUUGUACAUCAGCUACUCCAAGUGCUUGUGCUUCGUGUAAAAACUCUACUUCAUCAAAGAUUACAGAUUUAGCUAUUGGCUCACAGUUGGCUCCAGAGGAUCUGGUUGUUAUGCAAUCUGAAGAUGCCGCAAAAGGUUGCUUUUCCUCCAAUGCAUAUGCAUCCCAAGUAAAUCUAACUAACCAUAUGUCACAAAUCGAUUCUAGUUGUUCAUCUAAGGUGAUUGAUAAUGACUUAAAAAAGAAUGAUUGUUCAACUUCAGUUGGCAGCGCCUUCAGUGAAUGCACCCCGAUCAUUGGAAUUGGUCACGCAGAUCUUAAAUUUCCUGACAAACCUUAUGCUUCAACUUUGGACUAUGUAGAUGAAAGUGAAUCCCAUGGUCAUGGUCAAACAAUAUCUGUACCUGAUGAACAUGAUGGUUGUUUAUCAUCACCAAAACAACAAAAUAAAUCUCUACUUAUAUCUCCGAAUUGUGAACAACGAUUCGAUUUUGUCAUUGACACUCAACAGAAAGAAGUAAUAAAUAAUAGUGAAGCUGUUGCUGUAAAUGAGAAAGCAUCUGACGGCCUCACAUUAUCCGAUAAACAGGACAAUCUUAGCCCGGGACCAGAAGAUGAUGACGGUGAGGUUGAUGAGGAAGAUGAUGAUGAUGAUGAUGAUGAUAAAGAUGAAGACGAUGAUAACGAAGAUGAUGAUGACGACGAUGAUGAAAAGCGUGUGGUAGAACCGGUUGAACGCUAUGAACCGCAAACAGUCCAUGUUAAUCCACCAGAACGUGCACCAAGCCAUCCAGCUUUAUUUACACACUGUCAGUAUUUGUAUGUGGGAGCCGGCCGUUGGCAAGUUUAUGUCCAAAUGUGGUUUGUUGAAGAUCGUUUAAAAAGGGAGACUUAUGUACAAGUAUUUGAUAAUGAAUGGCAUGAUUAUGAACGUGUUGCUGAUCUGUUCGAAGCUUCACGGUGCUUGAAUCCGGUCGAUCGUUCUAAUCUUGUAAGAUUGCUUGCCUUAGCAAGACAUAACUGUGCUCUUAUCGAUGGUGAACUUCAAUUUCCUGGUCCAAUAGCAUCUAGGCAGAGCAAUUUCGACGCGCUUGAACUGCACGAAAAACUUGUUGCGCUUCACCUUCAUCAACAAGCAAAAGAACGUUUAACAUCUAGAGAUUCAGGGUUUGCUAAAAGUUCAAUACAUUCAUCUUCAGCUACACCGAAUAAUGAAAAUGGACAUACAGUCUCGAGUAAUCAUGAUCAAAAUUUAGGUGACAUUCGAUCGAUAGAUUACCAAAAUCAUAUACCAAUUUCAAAUGAAGUACAAGCCUGUGCUGAGCAUAUUACACAGGUUCAAUUGCAUCAACGUGCAGAUCAAACGCAAGAUCCCCCAACUCCAUGUCCUGUAUCAGUUGGUUUAUCUGAUAUAGAUGGGACAAAAGAGAAUCAAGAUCCAGGGAAACAACAAAAAGUUAAAAAUGAUCCGAACAGUGCACUUUUUCUGGAUGUCAGUUCACUUGCUCCUCGUAAUUCAUAUUGUGCUUUAUGUGAUACGCAUGAUUAUCUACAUCAAAUUCAUUUACCGGCUUAUUUAAUCUCUCCCUGCUAUCAUUGCCGUGAGUUUCUUGCAAAUGAAGCUAAAAUUACUCCUGAAAUUCUCCUAGACUUACAUUUACAACAUAACAUUCCUUGGCCAGGAUUCCUGCAAGCUAGAUUUGGUAUCCCUAAUGAUGGUCGGUCAACUGAAGAACUAAUUGCUUAUGACUGCCGUUGGCGGAGCAGACAACCUUGUCGAUGUUUAGCUUCUGUAGAUGGUUCCUUAUUACCACCCUGUGUCGAAUUUCCAUGGUUAACUCCUGCAGUUUCGACAGGUUCAUUCGAAGUUACUGAUAUAUCAGCAAAUCAAAGCAAAUUAGACAAACAAGAUUCAUUAAAUACACAAGUGGUUGUAGAGAUUUCUUCACCCACCACUACAGAUCCGCGUACUUCUGAUUUUCUGCAACGACACAAGCACAAACUAAUGCAGCAAAUCAAUCGUUGCCUACCCCACCACAACCUCGUUGGCAUACCAACCGUGUCAACUUCAUCUACCAAUCAAAAUACAGAUACUGGCUGUAUCCCGUCUAUUGAUUCUUUUAAUCCACAAUCAACGACCGAUAGAGGAUCAGUUGUUAUAACUCAAGAGAUGCAACAAGCAGCACCGUUAACAAACGACGUAUCAUCUUAA